AUGAUGAGCUCGGUGGCCAAGCUGAGCAAGGUCGCUCAGGUCCUUAAGUUCCGCCCUCGGGAAGGGAAAGCCCCUUGGGACCAGGCCAAAGACACUCUCGUCCACUAUGACUAUAUCGUCCUCGGCGGUGGUUCCGCGGGUUCGGUGGUGGCGAGUCGACUGGCGGAGGAUCCCGCCGUGAACGUCCUUGUCCUCGAAGCCGGAUACUCGGAUGAAGUACUUGCCUCUCGUGCUCCUGGACUCUACAGCACCAUCUUCCAGACUGACGCAGACUGGAACUACGAGACCGUCCCUCAGACCCACGCUGGGAACCGGACCAUGAUGCAACCACGCGCUGCAUCAGAUUACGACGAAUGGGAAGCCUUAGGGAACCCAGGCUGGUCUUUCAAGGAAUGUCUGCCCUAUUUUAAAAAGUCAGAAGGAUUCAAUGACCCCAAUUUACCAACCGACCAUCCUCGCGGCCCGCUCACCAACCGUGUUCGUUACCCCGAGCUGGAAACCUUUGAUCCCCACGCACAUGGAACAGAAGGACCUUGGCAAGUGACCUUCCACUACCUGUUCCAUCUCUCGAACCGCUUUGUUGCUGCCAGUCAAGCCGAAGGUAUCCCGUUCAACAAGGAUUUCAAUGGUGAAUCGACACUGGGCGUCAACAGGAUUCAGACGUUUAUUCAACGGGAUGGUGUUCGCAGUUCGUUGUCGAGGGCGUUUUUGAGGUCAGAAGAUGUUGUUCCUGGGGGCAAGAAUGGUCGUGGUCGAGUGCGGGUUGUAUUUGGCGCUGAUGCGAAACGGAUCCUGUUCCAGUGCAAGCGAGGGGUCAAGAUGGCGUCAGGAAUUGAGUUUCUUGACCACAACAACGUCCGAAGAAGAGUCAUGGCUACCCGAGAAGUCCUUCUCUGUGGUGGCGCCUUUGGAUCGCCUCAGCUCCUCUUGGCCUCUGGUGUCGGACCCUCUCCUCAACCCUCCAUCCCUCAUUUCCACACCCUAGCCGGUGUGGGUGCCAACCUGCAGGACCACCUCGGACUCAGUGUUACCUUCCGCGCUCGAGAUCGCUGUCAGACAUUGAACCAGGAAUACGGAGCAUACAAUGCCAUGAAAUCACUCUUCAACUUUGUCGCGAGUGGUACGGGUCCCUUGACGACACAGAUCGGAGAGGGUGUCAUUUUUGUUCGACUGGAGGAUAUUGCACCUGAGUGGGUGGCGCAGGAGAAGGCCAACGGCACAUACCAAGAGCGAGCGAGUGGACCUGGGUCACCUCAUCUUGAGGUCAUCCUCUUGCCGGGCUAUGUCCGUCGUCACGGAACCAUUCUGGCGCCUGACUUCAAGAGCUACUUUACGGUGACCGCCUUGCUGAUGAACCCGGGCUCCUCCGGAACCUUCAAAAUUGCUUCCAAGCCUGGUAAGAAAGGUGGUGUGGAUGUGAAGGGGGUGGUGGAUCCCAACUAUCUGGCAGAAUCGUUUGAUGCGAGAGUGUUGGUUCAGGGAGUCAAGUUUAUUCGCCGAAUCGUGCGUCGAUUGAACAACGAUCCUGAUGUAGGCGGCCGAGAGGUGUUCCCGGGCGAAGCAGCUAUGCCAGAUCAUGACGACAAGGCUUUGGAGAAGUAUGCUCGUGAGGCAGCAGAGACAUACUACCACCCUGUCGGAACCUGUAAGAUGGGCCCGGCAUCAGACCCAAUGGCAGUCGUAAACAGUCGACUGAAUGUGCACGGAAUUGAGCGUCUUCGAGUGAUUGAUGCGAGUACGAUGCCCAAGCUGGUGGCGGCGCAUACGUGUGCCCCGACGGUGAUGAUUGCUGAGCGUGCGGCGGAUUUUAUCAAGGAGGAUUGGUCAUCUUCCUCCCGAGGUGCAACAAGAGUCCAGACUACCAUUGCCGAGGCUAGGCUCUGA